AAUAUACUUGUUCUGCCUGUCUGAAGUAAUACAAACCUGUUUGAAUGCUGUUCAGUGGCUGAAUGUUGCAUCUGCAUUGCUCAUAGAUCAUUGGAUCUCAAAGAAGAGCCAAUGUAGAUAUUACUUCAUCUUAAUAUUUUUCAGGGGCUCUUGGUUCACUUAGCCAUUCCAAUACAUGGUUCAAAAUUAAAAAGUUGUUAAAAUUUGUCUCCUUCUCAUUGGUGAUUUCUGUAAAGAAAUAUCAUUGGACCUUGUUGUUGAGGAUGCCAAGAUGUUUUAAAAAUUUUAAUUCAUUCAACUGCUGUUGUCUUUCAGACCUAUUUAGCUUAUUUUCAGUUCAUAUGCAGGGUAAGUUACUCAGUUUUUGCAAAACUAAGAUUUCAUCUUCUUGCAUUGACUUUCCUAAGUUGGUAACUUUAAUAUGUGGUGAAAAUAAAACUAUGAUUUGAAAAGCAAUGAGGAGAGGAGUAGUCAGUAGGCUGUGUACUGGUCCGGUGCAGAAGAGGCAGUGAUAGUGAUCAGCAUUGUUUUCUUGCUUGCAUUUUGUGGCUGCCUGAUUUCCAAGAAGGCCCUUGUAAUUCUGUAGAGCAAGCAGUUGCCAUUUUUCAAGUGCACAUGAAACCUGCCCAGGAAAACGAAAACUCUGGAAGCUGCAAAUAAAUUUGAGCUUGAACAUCAACCUGAUGAGGCUAAUGGGAAGGUUUACCUAACACAGAAAAUUUGGAAAAAAAAAAUCCCCAAAGUUGUGAACUAAAAAAAAAAAAAAAAAAAAAGAGAAAAAGUGAGAAAUUAUGACUUCUCUAAAGUGAUUAGUUUUCUUUCACACACAUCUGUAUGUUUACUGGGACUGGCUCUUCAGGAAGUCUGUGCUCCUUCUGGUUUAGUCUACGUAGUUUUACUUGUAUUAAACAUCUGAAAGGUUCAAAUGAUUGGCUGCUUGAGGGUUGUAUCAGCCAUGGUAACAGCUUGGUUUUGUCAUGCUUAUUUAAAAAUGAAAAGAUCAGGUAUGGUCUGCAGCCUUUUUUUCUAAAAGAAGCUGCUGUUCACCAUUGUACCGAGAAACUAUUUUUUUCCCUUCUAAAUGAGGCCUGGAUCUCCUAGGAGAUUUGAAGACUGCAUAGUUAUUUUCUGAAGUCUAGGAUCAUUUGAUGCUUCUUCUGAAAUAAUGUUUGAGAAAUAGCACCAUACCUCUUUCCAGUGACCAGCAAGCAGCACACCAUAGUGUUUCAGUCUUCCCUUACAGGUGAGGGUGUAGGUGUGUGAACCUCUGGCCUCAGAUCCCAUCCUAACAGUGAAAGUAGAGCAGUGUAAUCUAAACACUCCCAAGUGGAAAAAAAGGGGGCAGUUAAUUUGCUUUAGAAGGUCAGUAUUUUAAGGUGAGCUCUUGUAUGUCAGUUGUCUCAGUCACAGUACUGAAAACAGUAUGUCUGCAGAACACAGUGUGUUCAGAUAAUCUCUGGGUAUGUGAAGGUUUCAAGGAGUGCUCUCAUGGGAAAGAAUAAAAUGCCAAACCAGAAUGAAACCUUUAUAGACUGCAAGGUCCUAUGCCUCCUCUCCUGGCUGCUUUUCAAGUGGACAGCUGUGAGCCAUAUCUAAGAAAGAAGAUGGAUACGGCAAUCGGAGUGGACUGCCUGCUGUGAUGCUCUGAGCUGGACUGAGCACCCUUUCUGAUCCAAUACAAGGGUCAUGCAUGUACUUAAGUUGGGAUGCUGUUUCUAAUACUUCUGAAGAAAAUUCAUGUUGUUGAGUUGUCGUGGUGUGAGACUAUUUUCUUUUUACCGUGUUUUUUUGUGGAUUAUUUAUGGACAAGUACUGGCUUCUGGAACCGCAUAUUUGCAUCAGGGAAAGGAGAUCCUUACUGCGUGUGUUCUUAUUUUAUACUCAGGCUGGCAGUGUGCCAUAGAUUUCCCAUACUGUUGAUCUGUUGGAGAGUGCAUUUCUGGUCUCUCUCCCUUGCUUCUUUAAGGAAAAGAGGCGUAGAAGUAGUACAGCUUGACCUCACCAAACCCAUUGAAGAUCAGGGCCCUUUGGAUGUGAUCAUUCAUAAACUGACAGAUGUAAUCCUUGAAGCAGACCAGAAUGACAGCCAGUCACUGGAGUUGGUUCACAGGUUCCAGGAGUACAUUGAUGCUCAUCCAGAAACCAUUAUCCUAGACCCUCUCCCAGCUAUUCGUACGCUUCUGGAUCGAUCCAAGUCUUACGAGCUAAUUCGACAGAUAGAGGCAUACAUGCAAGAUGAGAGGAUCUGUUCACCACCCUUUAUGGAGCUGACAAGUGCCUGUGGAGAAGAUACUUUGCAGCUUAUAGAGAAGAAUGGACUGGCAUUCCCAUUCAUUUGUAAAACUAGAGUGGCCCAUGGAACCAACUCUCAUGAGAUGGCGAUCAUCUUCAACCAGGAAGGCCUCAAAGCUGUUCGCCCCCCUUGUGUCAUUCAGAGCUUCAUCAAUCAUAAUGCUGUGCUCUAUAAAGUUUUCGUGGUCGGGGAAUCCUACACCGUGGUGAAAAGACCAUCUCUGAAGAACUUCUCUGCAGGCGUCUCAGACAGAGAAUCAAUAUUUUUCAACAGCCACAAUGUUUCCAAACCAGAGUCCUCAUCUGUCUUAACAGCGCUGGAUAAAAUUGAAGGAGUAUUUGAGCGGCCAAAUGACGACGUCAUCCGGGAAAUCUCUAAAGCGCUGCGGCAAGCUCUGGGAGUUUCCCUCUUUGGAAUUGAUAUCAUCAUUAACAAUCAGACUGGACAGCAUGCAGUAAUUGAUAUAAAUGCAUUCCCAGGUUACGAGGGUGUUUCUGAAUUUUUCACAGAUCUGCUGAACCACAUAGCUGCUGUCCUGCAGGGUCAGGUACCUGAGGUGACCCAGCUAAACUGCAGCAAGCUCCUGGCAGAGCAGAGCGGUGGGAUCAUGGACGAGCGGAUAUGCUGUGCUAGCACAGGCUGUCUCAGCGUCAUGGGAAAAGACUCCUCCUGGAUUGUGGAGAACGAGACCAACAGCUCAGUAAAACUGCAACACCAGAGACUAGGCUGCAACUCAGCAGUGUCCCCCAGCUUCCAGCAGCACUGCGUUGCUACAUUGGCAACAAAAGCUUCUUCUCAAUAACUUCCAAUGCUAUGGACUGAGAAAAAGCCCCAGGGAUACAAAUUGUGGUCCCAGAACCAGAUCAGGCUUUAACAAUACAAUUGACAAAAACAUAGAAAAAAAACCCCAACAUAAAACACAACACAAAAAAAUCAAAAUAAAAAAACUUUCCAUUUGAUUUAACCUAAUUUGCUGAUGAAACGAACUGAAAGGGGAAGAGCAAGAAAGUGAUCCAAAUCCAUUUCAUCAGAUUCCAGUUGCAAAUCUGUAGUGAGUUUACACACACAUGUGUUUUAACACUAGUCCUUUCAUUGUGGGAGGGUUGCUCUUUCAUUUCUAUUGUUAUUUGUAAUCACUGGUGACCAGCAUUUUAAAAUCGGACCUCAUGGUAUUAAGAAGAUAAUAAUGUUGAAAUGCAGUGUCUGAAUGUAACAGUGCUAGAGGUUUUUGCCUAAAAAACUUCCCGUUCCUCUUUUUUCCAGGUAGGCCAUUGCAUAAGAAAGCUAAGACAACUUCAGUAUCACUAAACCAAAUCUCUUGAAACGUUGACCAGUCGUGAUCAGUUGGCAGGUAGCUCGCUGUGAAGCCGCUGCACUUUGAGUAGGACAGAGCAGCCUGCUUAUUCAGGGCACAGAACCGAGGUGACCACCCCUGUUCCAGCUUUGCAGUUCUCCCCCCAGGCCUCAUUGCUUCGCUCUAAUCAGCUUCUAACCAUACUUGCCAACAGCAACACAUUUCUCCCAGAGAGGGUGCCAGUAUUUGAGUCAUUUAGUAAAUUAAAUAACAUGCUUUCAAUUGUCUGCUAGUGCUGAAAUCCUAGAAAAGUUAAUAGAAACAGCUCUUCUCAGUAGGGAGUUUAAUUCUCCCUCCAUUGCACUUGUGAGGACCCUGGGACAGCUCUGGGAAAAUGCUGGCAGAGCUGUGCAUUUUCCCUGGAGCAGCACACCUCAUCUGCGUAUCCUGAGGGUAACACAGUUGCUGCCUUCCACAGAUCCAUGUUGUUGUGCAUUUUUUUCUGUGAAACAUAAACAAAAUUGUGUGUCUUCAUAUAAGGUAGAAGUGCAGGACAGCUCUAGCUUUGAGACCCCUUUUCUUACUUUGUUGGAAGCUGUCAGGCGAGGCCAUAUGGUAAUUUACAACAGUGCUUUAUACUAUUUGUAAACUGUAGCACAGCCAAUUUGUAUCUCUUGAGAUAUAUUCUAGUAUGGCAGCAUCUUCUGCUGUUGAGAAUUCCUGCAACUUUUGCCAGUUCUGAACACUAUAUUGGAAUUAUCCAAGUGCUAAGAACAGAAACACUAUUUUGGUAGAAGUGGCCUUUUCUUUCCCUUAUUAGCCCUAAAAUACAUUUCAGAAGGGUGGUGAUAAAAUUUCCUUAGUUAAGCUCCUAGCUUGCAAAUACAGGAAUUUCUGUCUCUUCUAUAGCACAUGUUCAUAAAGCAUCUGUCACUGCAGCAUUUAAUACCAGUUUGGUUAGUAUCAUGUGUUAGAUGGCUACUCAGAAGGAAAGGGUCUAGAACUUAAAGCCCGGGUUGAUCGUGCAGAGAGGAUUGAACUGUGUCAGAGAUGUCACUGCCCUACCUGAUGGUACCAGUCCUAGAGGGGAAAAAGUUUUGAAGAGUGUUAUGUAGCAGUUCUUUUACAAGAACAGUGCUUUUUCUUAGGAGAGAUUGGUCUUCUUCCAAAAUGCCAUUCUUGGGAAUUUCCUGUAGCCAGGAUUGAAUUUUUCAGGAUGAUUUACAUGAUGGAAGAUGAUUCCACCUCUAGAGGGAUUACUAACUUCAAAAUAUUUCCAUAAGGACUGGAAGAACCUUAUGAGUAUGGUAUCAGUCAGAUUCCAAAGUGUACGUAAAGCACAGCCAACUUCCUCAAGUGUUGCAGAUCAGUUCUGAGCUGGGCACGCUUCACAACCCUUGUGUGCUUUGGGGCUGCUGGAUCCUGUGUUGUCUGCAGCUCACAGGUUGGAUGGCUGUGGUGUGAGUGAGUCAGAUGUACAUAGGUAAGGGUUUAUAAAAGUAUUCCUGUCAGACCAAACCUUUCAUAAAGCCAUGACUAAAAUAAAAUUGACAUCUAUAGCUUGGGGUUUGUUUUUGUUUGUUUAAAAUAAAAAGUGUUUUCAUGUUACAUGUGUAACAAAAGAUGCCCUCAGGAAGGAACCUGCCAGUGCAUAUUUUUGUAUGGUACUGUCUUGUAACCAGCUGGUGGAGUGUUUGUAGACUUGCCUAUUGCUCCCUUUAUUACAAUGGCUCGGGCUUUUUUUGGUUUUUUGGGUUUUGUUUCUUUACUGGGUGGUGGGUAUGAAGCAAUGAUGUUAGAACUGGGUUACUAACUCAAGACCUUUCAAACUAAGUAUGUUUACAUGAAUCUGAGUGUUGGAUCCAAUGGAAAUGUCUGUAUGCUGUUUCCUAGUUAGAACAUCAAAUAAGAAUUUUAUUUUCCUGGCUGCCUUCUGAAUUUUGGUUGGCCUAUUUUGCACUGCUUUUUUCUCCAAAAUAAACUACUGAAAUAUAAUUGUGCAUUUUAAACUUGUUUACAAAUGAUUGUUAGAAGUUUAUUUUGUAAUUCUCUAAAUGCUUGCAGAAAUACUAUAUUUAAAUAUUACUCCAGACCUUGGCAGUAACUAGAAAACAAGUUUAGGUCAUUGGUGUGAUCAGUGACAUUUUUCCCAUAGUCUGUAAUUUAUUUUUUAUUUAUCGAAUGUAUUGGUAUCACUUUAAUUUACCAGGUGCAGUUAUGCAGGUGCCUGUUGUGAUGUGGCAUUACAAUAGAGUUUUGACAUAAAUUACCAUGCAUUUGCUGUACUACUAUAUUUCCUUGCAGAAAUUAAGGUAAUGGCUUGUGUACUAGAAUGUUGCUAAAUCACAGGGGCAAACUGGGAGACCAAUUUGUAACUGAGUAUCCAGACAUACAAUUACAUUCUUGCAAAACAUUUGAGCAUGAGUAUGUUAUUAAGCUUGUGCUAAAGUGCUUUUCUGAAGUGCUGCCUCGUUUGGUAAAUUCAGGAUAGUUUUGAUUUAAGAUAGCUUCACAGUAAGUUAGUUAAUAUUGUGUAGUCUUGUCUUUCUUUGUAAAAGUAGAGGAGUAUAGUAACGUUAGACCAUACCAGAAUGCCCUUGCUCUUAAAAUUGCAGACAAUCUGAGGAGAUUUUCCAAAAUGUCUGAAUUCUUUUUACUGUGGGUUAGAAAAAGGUUCUUCUGUGUUUUCAGAGGCAUAGCUGUUACUAUGCUGAUGGGAGCAAUUGUAUUAAAAUUACAUGGUCACCAGUUAGCUUUUUAGGGAUUUAUUACUGUUCCACUUCACUGUUUGAAAUCCACAAGAAUACCAUUAGCUUGACUGGAAUUUCUCCAGGUUUUGUGUCAGCAUGGUGGAGAUGAGACUCUGGUUUCCACUGUAAUUACAUACUUAGCUACAACAGGUGAAGGUCUUUCCCUGUUGAAGAGAACUUGAGUGGUAUUACCACUGCCUGUGAUGUAAAGUCACCCUCUUCCCCCUCUAGCUGACUUGGCCACAUUGUGCCUGACUUCAUAGCCUGUGCCAGAACAUCCUGGUGAUUAUGUGAAAAGCCAACUGCAGAAAUGCAACCAAACCAUCAGCAUCAGUGCUAGCACCUGUGGUUUGUGUAAUGCAGAACCACUGGACCAGUGAUGCUUUGCCUUUGAAGUGUCUGGCUGUGCAACCUUUGUGCUGAGGAGCCGAUCAAUGGGCUGGUUGAUAGGUAGGAUGGAUUUAUUAUUGCUAUUCAGACUGUUGUAAUGUUAAAGCUGUUUAAAGAUCUCCAUUGACAAUGUGAUGAUGUUUCUGCAGAGGAGAUCUGCAGCAGGUUACACAGACAGAAAUCUGCCAGUUGAAUUUGUUCUCACUGUAGAUGAUUACAAGCCAAGAACCCAACCCAGAGGCAUCAGGAGGUAAUUAGGAUUGCUCAAGAUAAAGCCUCAAGUUUUCUAGAUUAACUGUGGGCACUGUCCAGCCAGGGAACAACCACAUGGAGUAGUGGUUAGAUAAUAGAGGCAGAACAGAGUCCAAAGGCAACAGAAUAAAUAGGGCCAGAGGUGUUUGAGUUGCCUGGCAAAAAAGAGCAAAACAGGAAAAAUGCUCCUAUUGUUUUCAUUCAAUUAAAAAAAUCCAGACUUCUCAAGGCUUUGCAUGGCAGCAGUGACAAGUGAGUCAGGCUUUCCCACACUAGCUUGUAGCCUUGCUUUCCACAGCUGUGCAGAAAAUUCUGGAUUUUGUUUUUUCAGUGAACAGAGUCUGAGUUUGUAGCAGUCUCCCCAUGCACACAUUUGCGACAGUUCACUUGCAUUACCCUGCUAAUUUUUCCCCCUCUCCUUUUUAGUAAGAGAUGUAUUGAUUUCUGUAUUCCAUAUACAAUUACUUUAUGGAGUGUGUUUUCUAAUUAGGAAUAUGUGAAAAUGCUUUGUGUAGAUUAAAGUAUUUCCUUUAAUAUAAUCUCCUCUCGCUUUCAUAGAAAAAUGGACAUACCAUUGCAGAACACAUUGUUGAUUUUAUUUGUAAUAUUGCUUUAAUAUCUAUUUCAGAGGAAUGUAACUUUCAGAAAAGUAUUUUCCACAUCUUUACUACCUUCCCUUUCACUGUUCACCCUAUAUGGAUCCAGGUCAUCAGCACUUGAGCUUUUGAGUGGAUGGGUUUCAUAUCCUUCAUGGAUUCUGUCACACUUACAUGACCACAAAAGUUACUUGAGAUGGUUGAAGUUUGGGAGGAUCCAGAAUUAAGAGAUGUUGGAGUGAUUCCUCAGCAACACAAGCACAGAAGCAUUUGUAGCAAGCAAAGGGAAUCGUUUUUUGCUCUGUGUGUGCAGGUGGCUCUUGGGGUCUGGUCCACUCUGCUCUUGAGGCAGCAUUCCUGUGGAAAUUAAAAAUCCACUGAGAGAGCAACAUCCUUUAUCUGUGAUGCAGAAGGAGGGCAAGCAGUGUAGGGCUUGGGAGUAAAAUCCUGGCCAGUGGACAUCAUGAUAUCAAUUUUUCACUCUGUCCAGAAUUUCACUCUGUGGCUUUUAAUAGCUAUCUGGGGUGAUAUUUUCUUCCUCUCCAUCAUUCUCACCCUGAAUCCACUGGGGCUGAUGAUAGCAGAUACCUGUGGCCCAUACUAACUCAUUAGCAGGGACCUUACCCAGCAUGUGAUGAGUUUGCAGAGGGUUCCCAAUGUGUUGGGAAGUUUUUUGUUGAUGGCCAGGAAAUCUCUUGAAACUCCAGAAAUAGCUAAAACAGCAAAUGGAGUUCAUGAAAAUCAGGUCUUCCUCUUCCAGCAUUUAAAAAAACCCCCACAUUUUAUUUCCUCUUUCAUUCUUUACACAGUAGUUUUAGAUAUAAAUUAUUUUAACUUCUUUUUUUUGUGUGUGAAAAGUCAUAUAUACAUAUAUAAAGUUAUUAAAAGUUUGAGAAUAUGUUGAGUAUAAAAUAGUGACUUCUUUGUUUAAGAUGUUAGCAGCCCCUAAAAAUGAAUUGUUUAUCCUCUUGUAAAGUCAAUGCUGUAAAAAGGUAUUAAAAAAUAAAAGAUGUGUUAGAUGUAUCUUUUAUUAUUUAUUUCUGAUUCAAUAUUUGAUACAGCUUGUGUAUACCCUUGUGACAACCACAUACUAAAAACACUGUUGUUCUUAAAAUGGAGUAACAGCAAUUCCUUGGGAUCCCAACAGCUGUGAGAGAAUUGGCCCUCUGGGUGUGAAUAGUGCUGGAUAUUGUCCUUCAGUCUCCAGCACUGCUUCCCACCCAAGCAUGGCUGAAUCUCGGGGACCAUUGUGUGCGUGUGCUCAGUUUCGCAAGUUCAUUGGUAUCUGUGUUCAAAUCCAGCUGUACAGUGUUAACAAGUGUGUCUUGUGAUUCGCUUCAGCCUGGUUCACUAUGAUUUCUGAAACAUAAUUCCCAUUUUGUACUUAAAUUUGUAUAGAAUUACAUGAACCCUUAAAAGAUCAUGGCUUACUGUAAAACCCAAAAUACUUGCUAUUUGGCGUCUUCAAUUGCAUGACUGAUCAGAUCAGACAAUGGAGAUGGUGCUUUCAUCUAACAGCAUUCAUUUCAAUGGUAAUAUAUUAAUUUUCAUUUUGUUUGCCAAGCACCUGUUUUGGACAAUGUUUUGGUUUCAACAGUAAAGCAAUAUGCAGUAGGUAUUGUGGCAUUAUCUCUGUAAUUGUUUUGAAGAGAGGAUUGUCCCUUUCCAACACAUAAUGAAAAUAAAUGCCUUAUAACAA